AUGGUAUCCGAUUUGCCCGCCGUCCCGGCUAGAGCCGAGCCCAACGGACCACCAACUCACUAUCUAUGUCUUACCAUUCUCGGAUACAGGAAAGCUGGACUUUCUGAGGAGGCAUAUCGAAACCACAUGACAACUGUUUCAGCUCCCAUUACCAAGCCUUUGAUGGCAAAAUACGGCAUCAAACGCUGGACUCAGAUUCACAACCAAGCGGCAACAAGGGAACUGAUGGGUCAUUUGUUCGACUCGCAGAUGGUUAAUUUAGCGGACUAUGAUUGUUUCAGCCAGGUUGUGUUCGAAAGCAUCGAAGACUACAAGAAGAUUAAGCAGGAUCCAGUCUAUAAGGCGAAGCUGAUGCAUGAUCACGAAUUGUUCGCGGAUACGAAGAAUAGCAAGAUGACGAUUGGAUGGAUUGAAGAAUUUGUGAACAAUGGAAAGGUGGUUGAUGGAUUGAAGUUCGCAAGUGAAGACAGCGGGAGCAGCUGGGGAUUCUCAUCGAUGUUUUUCGGCAUGAUUGUUGGUGGUGCACUCGCCACUGGGGCAGCGAAUGCGCUGAAGUAUUGGAAGUUGGCAGGAAGAUGA